AUGGUCAAUGGUUAUAUCCCUGCGGAGCAAUGGGCUCAAGUUAUUGAAGUUCUUGGUCGCCCUCCAGUAUACAAGAGGAUUCCAGUACCUAUUCCUGCUAGAGAUGAGGCCUUGGUAAAUGUGCUCUACUCUGGAGUUUGCCAUACCGAUUUGCACGCGAUGAGGGACGACUGGCCGUUGGAGCAUAAGAUGCCGCUAGUCGGUGGCCAUGAGGGCGUCGGCGUUGUUGUAGCUCAGGGGAAUCUUACAGACGCUGUGAAAAUAGGCGACCGCGUCGGUAUCAAGUGGCUGAAUGGAACCUGUCUAAGAUGCUCAUUUUGCCUCAGUGGCAAUGAGCCGCUGUGCGAAGAAGCGCUACUGUCAGGUUAUAGCGUCGACGGCACAUUCCAGCAAUACUGUACAGCAAAAGCGUCACACUUAACACUACUUCCAGAAGACUGCGACCCAGCUGCAAUAGCCCCUAUCCUCUGCGCUGGCGUCACCGUUUAUAAAGGCUUGAAGGAGUCUGGUGCCCGACCCGGCCAAUAUGUCGCCAUUAUCGGUGCCGCAGGGGGUCUAGGAAGCAUGGCGAUUCAAUUUGCCCGAGCCAUGGGCUUACAAGUGAUCGCGGUUGAUCGUGGAGGGGACAAGGAGGAAAUUUGCAAGUCCUUGGGCGCCAAGAUCUAUGUGAACUAUGAGACCAGCGAAGACCUCGGGAAGGACGUUCGACAAGCGAUCGCAGACGGAUGUGGCGCCCAUGCAGCGCUAGUAAUUGCUUCUGAUGCCGACGUGUUUCAAAAAAUCCCCCAGUAUAUUCGACCUCAUGGAGUCGCCGUUUGCCUUGGCCUACCCGCUGCAAGCCAAAUCACAAUUCCAGUAUUCGACGUUGUCGUAAAGAUGUUGACAAUUAAAGGGAGCUAUGUUGGUAGCCGCGUUGAUGCACAAGAGGCUGUCCAGUUCUUCCACGACGGCCUCAUCAAAGUCCCCACGAUAGUGGUGCCUCUCAGCAACCUUGCGGAUGUUUAUGACUUGAUGUCUGAAGGGAAAAUCGUUGGGAGAUACAUCAUAGACCCAGCGAACUAA